GUGCUGGCAGUGGCGCUGGGGGUGCUGUGGCAGCAGUACCGGUCAGUGUUCGGCCGGCCAGCACCCCCCAAGCAGGAGGAGUUGAAGGCAACACUGGGAGCAGCGGGGCUGCCUUCGGUGUAUGCGCGCAUGCUGCUAGGGGUGGAGCAGAUGAGGGAGAUGAGCCCGAUAAGUGCUCCGUUCAAGGAACAGCGAAGAGAGCUCUACGCCAUCCUCCCUUCAGCGGUGCGUCGGCGCCUGGCCAAGCGGCUGAAGCAGCGAUCCAAGCGGCACAUCGACGGGGCGAUCGCGCGGGACCUCAGAGGCGUGGUGGGGGAUAUCCUCAAGUGGGCCGUGCCUCUGGCUGAGCGGACAGAGGUGUGGAAUGGAGACAAGUCGUUUGGCGCGCAGAGGAGGGCACGGGCGCACCGCACGCUGCUGGUCGAGACGCUUCACUACUGCGACAAGGACAAGUUUGAGGCAGUGCUGGUGGAGCUGCUGACCUCCUUCUCCCUCGUCACCCUCCACGCCAAACGCCCGCACCCGCCCUCCAAAGCCCGCCCUCCCUCCGCCCCGAUCCGACGCAAGCAGCCAGGCUCGGCCGAGCCUAAGAACCAGGCCGCCUCGCGGCCGUCCACCGCUCCUGCCUUUCCGCCUUCGGCGUCUGCUCCCACUUUUGUCAACAGUAACAGUAUCAGCAACGGGUAUGGUAACAGUGAGGGCAACAGCAACAGCAACGAUAACAGUGGUACCACGGGCACUGCUUAUGCCAAGUCACAGUCUGUUUCUGCCCUUCCUGCUGCUGCUGCUGCUGCUGCUCCUGCUUCUGCUGCUGCUGCUCCUGCUCGCCCUCCCCCCAUGGCCCGUGCGAUCUCUAUCACCGAUGCACCCGAUGGGGGCAUAAGGCAACCCCGUACCAGCCCCUACCAUUCCGGUCCUCCCAGUUCCCCCCGUGCCGGACCUGCUUCUAGAGCAGGCCCUCCCGGACCUGCACCUAUGGCUCGGUCGGCUUCCAGUGCUCCUCCACCCAUGGCUCGUACUGCAGCCGAAACUCCUCCUACUGGUCCGGCCAUGCCUAGGCCCGCUUCUCAUUCAAGGCCUGGCCCUGGACCAGCUCCCGGACCUGGAGGGCCCAGAGGCAAUCAAACCGGACCUCGCCCCAGGCCUGGUGCUGGCCCCGGACCUCGGCCUUCUCCAGGCCAGGCGAUGCCUGGGAGGGGAGGUAUGGGACCCAGAGCUGGGAUUCCUCCAAAUCAGGUUUACCGGCCAUCCCCAGCAUCCCCAGUAUUGGAUGAUAUUGAUGGGAUGCCGAUCCGACGGUCAGGAGGGAAUGUUAGUGCUGGGCAACGCCAGAAGAUUCAGCAGAGAGAGUGGCUGAAGAGGGAAGUUAUGCAACAGGGGGGUUCUCAUGCGAUGGGAUGA